AUGAAGCUCGAAGCGCAGUCGAAAUCCCCGGAACUAUCGUACGCGUGGAAGGACAUGUCGACGCAUUCGCCGACAAAGGAAAGAGGAAUCCGAUUUCUCCACUCCCAAAGAAACGCGUGCCGCGGCCGUUCUCACGACGCUCUAUUGGUCUGUCUUCGCAUCGCCGUUGCCCACGCCUCCACUCUCGUCUCGGGCCCGACGCGACCGCGUGCCGAUGCCAUAUUGUACGAGCACUCCGAACCGAGAUCGAGUGCCAUCCGCGGUAAAAGGAAUUCCAGGCUGAAGCAUCGG